AUGGAGAAAAAUCGCCCUGAAGGCGUCGCGUUUGACUCCGGAGACCCGAUCGAUCCUUUGGACCGUCAACUCCUGACGGAAAUCUUGAACCCUUUGCUUGAUGUCGGGCCACGGAAGUCGAAUCUUAUGACGAGUGGCUAUCUGGCCGCGAAGGCGAAGUUGGAAAAGGCCCCGAAAUCAGCGAGUGUUCUGGAAGCACAUAAUCAAGUCGAGGUCUUGAAAAUCGAACCCCCAGACAUAUCGCAUCAUAGUGUCAAUGAGCACCAGACGCAGCAAUGGAGCCGCCGGUCCUCCCCGGGACCUCAGCAUCAAGCCGACACGUCAGCCCCCGUGGCACACUAUGAUGGGAUGGAAACCUUGUUCCGCGUGGAUUCCAAGCACGACGACACGCAGCACUUCUGCGAUGACUACAACCCAGUGAUCAAGUGGAGGCGAAGGACUUUGAUCUUCGAGAAGAUGCCUUGA